UAGACGCGAGCUGUCGCAACGAACGGACUUAAUUUGGUAUCGAUCGAAAAUCAACGGAAACGAAACAAAAUGAAUUGCUUAUCCAAGAUGUUCAAGUACUUACUGUACUUACUCAAUCUCGUAUUUUUGGCUGGCGGCAUUUUGCUGAUCGUGGUCGGCUCCAUCAUACUGUCCAGCCUGGGCACCCUGGGUUCCUUCAGUGACACGUUCAAUGCCCGGACCAUACCCAUUUGCAUCAUUGUCAUCGGCUGUGUCAUAUUUGUGAUCUCGUUCUUUGGCUGCUGCGGCACCAUACGCGAAAAUGCCUGCUGCACGACAAUUUAUGCGAUUUUCAUGUUUAUACUGUUUGGUCUGCAAUUGGCGCUUUCCAUUUGGAUCUUUGUGCAGAAUGAUUAUUUCGUGGGCAAAAUGGGCGAACUGGUGGAUGCCGCCGGCAAACAAAAUGAUGCUGCCAAUGGCUAUCCCAUGGAUGCACUGCAGAUAUCUUUCAAAUGUUGCGGCGUAAAUAGCUUUACGGAUUAUACAGUUGUGCCCUCUUCCUGCUGUGGCUAUACGGAUAGGAACAGGGUAUGCGAUGCUGCCAUUUACUCAGUGCGUGCCGGCUGCCGUGGCACGUUCACCGAUUUCUGGAAAUCCUAUACGGAUCUCAUCAGCUGGAGCAGCUUGAUUGUGGCGCUCUUCGAGCUGGGCAUCUUUGUGAUAGCCUGCUGUUUGGCCAACGCCAUGAGGAAGCGUUAAAUUAACAUCUAGUCUAUAUUUUACAUACAACAUUCGUUCAUCACAGUCAUAAA